AUAUUUCUUUAACUUUUACACACUACUUAAUGAAAGUAUUAUAUUAUAUUAAAAUACAGCAUCAUACUUAGAAAUAUCAUUCCUCUACUUAGAAAUUGUUAUGUCUAUCACUUUCUUCACUUCAUAUUUAACCAGUAGCAUGUUAGGAACAACUCAAGCCUUUGAUAGUAUCUAAAUUGCAAAUUCUCUCUCACUUUGAAAGGCCUUACAAACUAGAGUGUCGUUGUUGUGUUGAUUGAUUGCAAAGAAAUGGACAACACUAAAAUUCAAUCAGUCUACCGCAAUCCUGUCAUAUUGCAGAGUGAGGACUUGACAAAUUAUAUAUUGGAGACUGCUGUUUAUCCUAGAGAGCCAGAGAUUCUCAAAGAGCUGAGGAAAGCCUCUGAGACUCACCCUUGGGGUUUCAUAGCUACUUUACCCGAGGCUGGUCCAUUGAUCGGUAUACUUUUGAAGCUUUUGAACCCCAAAAAGACAAUUGAAGUGGGAGUUUUUACUGGAUACUCUCUUCUCCUCACUGCUCUAAACAUUCCCCAUGAUGGAAAGAUUACAGCCAUAGAUAUUGACAGGAAAGCUUAUGAAAUUGGAUUACCGGUCAUAAGAAAGGCUGGAAUGGAACAUAAGAUUGAUUUCAUUGAGUCUCCAGCUCUACCAGUUUUGGACAAACUUCUAGAAGAUGCAUCAAAUGAAGGAAGUUUUGAGUAUGCUUACAUUGAUGCUGACAAAGAAAACUAUGUAAACUAUCAUGAAAGACUGAUAAAACUAGUCAAAGUUGGUGGCUUACUUAUAUAUGACAACACACUUUGGGGUGGAAGAGUUGCUUGGCCUGAAGAGAAAGUUCCACCACAUGCCAAAUCAGGAAGAACAGCAGCAAUUGAAUUCAACAAAACAAUCAGAGAUGACUCUCGUGUUGAUUUUUCUCUCACUUCUAUUGGUGAUGGACUCACUAUUUGUAGACGUAUUGUCUAAGGUUAUUUGACUAUGUUAAUCUUAUGUUUUUUCAUGUACUAGUACUUUAUAUUUGUCUACAUCAAUAAAGUUGCAUUUUGUGUUUGUUAUAAAAAAUUGGUCUUAAGUUGUUUGAUUAUCACUUUGUCUGUAAUUUAUGUUAUUUCCAUGUACUAGUGCUUUAUCUUUUUCUACAUGAAUAAAGUUGCAUUUUGUGUGUCA